CGGAGGUGCUGGGGUUCCGGGAGCCCGUCGGGGCGGAGCGGGCUGUGCUGGUCUGGGGGCUGGAGCCGGGGCCGGGGCUGGAGCAAAACUGCAGAGAGCAGCGAGAGGUGGAAGAGCUGGAAUAAAAACACCUUGACUUUGCCUGCAGAACACAGCUCAUGUUUCCCUGAAAGCUCUGGUGAAGCAGCGUGCCCACCUGGAGCGGGAUGGCCGAGAGCAAGAGGCAUGUGGGGGGACAGAAAAUCCCACGUCUGGCUUUGCUCUCCUUCCAUGCACAGGCUGGAUGAGAAAGGGAGAUGAGAUGUCCUCAGGGCCAGAGGUCCACCCAGCAUUCCCUGUUUUCAGCCUUUUCCAAGUUUGGGCCCCUCUACUCCGUGCGGGCGCACAGGAACGCUGCCGUGGCUGGGCCUGGCUCUUAUGCCAUCAUCAAGUUUUAUUCAGCUGGAGAUGCCAGCAGAGCCCAGCGUGCCUGCCACGGGCAGAGCCUGUUUCAGAAAUCUCCCUUGAAGGUUUGUGUUUGCACCAAGCAGAAAGGUUUUCAGCAACAAGCUCUUGCUCUCAACAGCAACAAGUGCCAGGAGUUGGCCAACCACUACCUUGGCUUCAACGGCUGGUCCAGUCGCAUCAUCACACUGCAGAACGUGUCUGGCUUUGAUUGUGAGGAUGAGGGACUGGGAGAGCCCUUGCAGAAGCCACCUGUGAAGUACCUGUGUGCUGCAGAGGUGACCCUGCCCCACCACGGGCUCCGCACCAGGGGAGCUGCCCUCGGCGAGGCAGAAGUAGAAGACACUGGAGAUCCUCUCGGGCUGGUCACAGCCUCAAGAAGAGCUCAGAAACUUGCUGUGGGGAAGGCUUUGUCUAGUGCCUUUCAGAAGAUCCUCCUCAUCAUCUUAGAGAAUGGGAAAGUGGCUGUGGAGUACAAUUCCACCCAGGAGGAGCUCACAGACUCUUUACCAGAAGAGGAGCUGAAGGGGCUUCUUCAGGUCAAUGAAUUGUCCUUGGAGCAGUUUGACCUCAAAGAAGAAGAAGUCUUGUCUGACCUCAGUUGGGAUGAUGAGCUCCCUAGCCUGGAGAUGCCACCUAAUUAGUGCAGCUCUGCCUUCACAUCACUUCCCAAAGUUCUGCAGUGUUUGAUGAGGAAUGGAAAUGAACCCUCUGUGUGUCACGGCCAGUGUUUGCUUUUGCUCCAAACACAGAAGAACAAAAGAAAGAAAUGGGCAAUAAAGCCAGUGGUGCUAAAUUAAGCCCCCAAA